AUGCCGGCACUAGAAAUAGAAGACUCAGAGUGGACAAAUGGAACGAGCUCACCAGAAGAGGGGCAGAUCGAGUCCCAAGACGAACAGCGAUCACCACCUGGGCCUGCACCAACAGAAGAAUCCGGGAUGUCCACACCAUCGGUCUCGGCACCGAAAGAUUAUACGUAUGCUGAGGUGAAGGUACACGGAACAAAACUGCUAGUCUAUUCCAGACAUCAUAGUAAAAUUCUCGAGAGAAUUAUUAAUCGGCAACCCCCUGAGCAAGAUAGUAACCCCCCAAUGGUCGAAUCGCUCCAUCUCGAGGAUGCCUUGGAUAGUCUAUCUCAAGCGCGCAUCGAAAGUGAUUUUCCCGAGCAAAACAAGGUCGUGAGCGAUUUCGACAACAUCAACGACGCUGCGAAGUGGAAAGUCUGUGAGCAUGGUGGGCGCAUAUCAGUCAUACUCGAUAAACUAUUGGAGGAAAGGGCGAAUAGGUAUGGAAUCAGCAUGACCAAUGGCAGUCACUGA